CUUCAAAAGCGUAGGAUUACAAGGGUACCAGUCGAUUGAAUCUCUGAAUCUUAUCAGGCAAAAAGGGGGAAGAAAUCAAAGAAGAAUCCCAAUGGGUACAGAGAAUAAUCGUUUAGAGAUAUCAACACCGUUGUUAGUGGAGCCUCAGAAUAAUGGAUCCAUUGAAUCGGAUGAUUUUGAAGAAAUCCCAGAAUGGAAAGAGCAAAUCACGAUCAGAGGGUUGGCUGUGAGUGCUUUGUUAGGGACUUUGUUCUGUAUCAUCACCCAUAAGCUGAAUCUGACGGUGGGGAUCAUCCCAUCCUUGAACGUCGCCGCUGGUUUAUUGGGUUUCUUCUUCGUCAAAUCAUGGACUGGGGUUUUGUCCAAACUCGGAUUCUCUGUUACACCCUUUACCAAGCAAGAAAACACUGUCAUUCAGACAUGUGUUGUGGCUUGUUACGGCCUGGCCUUCAGUGGAGGAUUUGGUUCGUAUUUGAUUGCAAUGGAUGAACGAACGUAUAAGUUAAUUGGCACAGAAUACCCCGGUAACCGAGCAGAAGAUGUGAUAAACCCGGGAUUGGCGUGGAUGAUUGGCUUUUUGUUUGUUGUCAGUUUCCUUGGGCUGUUUAGUCUUGUGCCAUUGCGGAAGGUGAUGGUCUUGGAUUACAAGCUUACAUAUCCCAGUGGUACAGCCACGGCGAUGCUGAUAAAUAGUUUUCAUACGAACACCGGAGCGGAGCUUGCGGGAAAGCAGGUACAUUGUCUUGGAAAAUAUCUUGGAAUAAGUUUCUUUUGGAGCUGUUUUAAGUGGUUCUUCAGUGGUGUUGGAGAUUCGUGUGGAUUUGAUAAUUUUCCCACUCUUGGCUUGGAAUUAUAUAAGAAUACGUUUUUUUUCGACUUCAGUCCGACGUACGUGGGUUGUGGCCUCAUUUGUCCUCACAUUGUAAACUGCUCUGUUCUUCUUGGAGCCAUUAUAUCAUGGGGGUUUCUUUGGCCAUUCAUUACUCAACAUGCUGGGGACUGGUAUCCAGCUGACCUUGGGAGCAAUGACUUUAAGGGACUUUAUGGAUAUAAGGUCUUCAUAGCGAUUUCUCUCAUCCUCGGCGAUGGCCUUUAUAAUCUGAUCAAAAUCAUAUCACUUACUAUCAAAGAAAUUUGCAACAAAAGGACCACACAGAGUAACCUGCCUGUCUUAACAGAGACCACAGAUAGUGAGGGUUCUAAACUGCUAGCUGAGGAAAGAAAGAAGGAUGAGGUAUUUCUGAAAGAUAGAAUACCGACAUGGUUGGCUGCGUCGGGGUAUGUUGGUCUAGCAGCGAUAUCGACGGCGACAAUGCCGGUGAUCUUCCCGCCCCUGAAGUGGUAUUUGGUUCUUGGUGCCUACAUUGUCGCCCCGGCCCUUGCUUUCUGCAACUCCUACGGCACUGGUCUAACCGACUGGAAUUUGUCAUCGACAUAUGGAAAGAUUGGUCUGUUUCUAUUUGCUUCCCUAGUCGGAAACAACGGCGGGGUUAUUGCUGGAUUAGCAGCUUGCGGUGUUAUGAUGUCGAUCGUUUCGACGGCUGCUGAUCUUAUGCAAGACUUCAAGACAGGUUAUCUUACACUUUCAUCAGCCAAGUCUAUGUUUGUAAGUCAGCUAGUAGGCACAGCCAUGGGCUGUGUGAUAGCUCCCCUAACAUUCUGGUUAUUUUGGAGUGCGUUCGACAUCGGUUUACCUGAUAGUCCGUACAAAGCCCCGUACGCCGUAAUCUUUAGAGAAAUGGCCAUUCUAGGAGUUCAAGGCUUUUCCGAGCUCCCUAAGCAUUGCCUCGCCAUGUGUUUCGGGUUUUUCGUGGCAGCUUUCUUAGUGAACUUUUUGAGGGACAUAGUUCCUAAGAAGAUUGCACAAUUCAUCCCAAUUCCAAUGGCCAUGGCUGUACCGUUCUACAUCGGAGCUUACUUCGCGAUUGAUAUGUUCGUAGGGACCGUGAUCUUGUUCAUAUGGGAGAGGAUUAAUCGGAAAGAUGCAGAGGACUAUGCCGGUGCAGUCGCGUCGGGUUUGAUAUGUGGUGAUGGGAUAUGGACCAUUCCAUCAGCUGUGCUUUCUAUUUUCAGGAUCAAUCCUCCCAUUUGCAUGACAUUCAAGCCUACAAGUGGCUGAACUGCAACACAAGCUAAGUACUUAUGCUUUACUUUGUAUAUAUAUGCAUCCAUUGUCCCUUAAGUUUUAGGGUAGUCUUAAUAUAUUCAACCUUGAUGUACUUUGGAAGACUCCUCUUCAACACAUUUCACUUUUUAAAAACAAAAUGCCAAAUAGUUAAGCUUCUUUUCCAUGUAACCGAUGUCUCGUACCAUGAUUCUAACAAUCAAGUUUAACGGGUCGAGACCUGCCUUAAUUUAGUAUU